GCAGCCAAUCAAUUAUUCCCUCUCAUCAUUGAUGUUUCUCUCUCUCCCUCUCCCUUCUUCUCUGAAAUAAAAAAUACAUUACAAAAAAUAUUCAGAAGAUUGAAAUAUUGGUUUAGUGCAAUGAAAAACACACACAGAUACACAAAAGUAUGAAUCACAGCUUGUGAAUGCACGAGUUACCCUGGUUGGGUAACUUCUCAGGUCCCACCUUUUUGUCUGUGAAAUGGGGAUCAGUUCUAUUUUGAAGUGUUUUGAAGUAUAUGAUAUCUAUAUGCUGGAAAUUAUGACAAUUAUUAUGAUGGCUUUUCUAAUGCAAAAUAACUGCGCUGUGGCACAGGCAUCUAAAAAACAGACUGUAGGGUAGUUGGCUUGUUUGUUUGAAGCAACUAAGACACUAUUUCUGGCAUUUCCACCAUCCCACUCCAAUCCCUUGCCUCCUCCCCCUCCUGCGCGGCGGUGGCGUCGCCAUGGCAAUAAGCACGCGCCCAAGCACAAUUCUCUGGCAGUUGCUGACCGCGGCGCUUACUGGCCUUGGUCCUGCGACUCCGAGGCGCUUCCCCCUCUCGCCGGUGCCUACGGGCCAGGGGCUGAGGAGCAGCAUGGCCAAGGCGGCGGCCUCUUCGCCGCUCGAGGACCUGGAUCUGAGCGGAGAGGAGGUCCAGCGGCUCACCUCCGCCUUCCAGGACCCGGAGUUCCGGCGACUCUUUUCCGAGUACGCCGAGGAGCUCACGGACCCCGAGAACCGGCGGCGCUACGAAGCGGAGAUCACGGCGCUGGAGCGUGAGCGCGGAGUGGAGGUGCGGUUCGUGCACCCGGAGCCCGGCCACGUGCUGCGCACCAGCCUGGACGGGGCGCGGCGCUGCUUCGUGAACGUGUGCGGCAACGCGCUGGUGGGCCCGCCCGCCGGCCGGCCCGGCCCCGGGGGCGCCGGCAGCCAGUGGUCUCUGCCGCACAGCCUGGCGCCCGGCCGCGAGUACGCCGGGGCCCGCGGCUCCCGCUACACCGUCUACGACGUGGUCUUCCACCCCGACGCGCUGGCGCGGGCCCGGCGCCACGAGCGCUUCCGCCAGAUGCUGAACGCCACGGCGCUGGAGGCCGUGGAGAGGCAGUUCGGCGUGAAGCUGGACCACAGGAACGCCAAAACCCUCAAGAUCAAGUACAAGGGGACUCCGGAGGCCGCGGUGCUGCGCACGCCCCUCCCCGGGGGCGCCCCGGCCCGGCCCGAGGGGGGGCUGGAGAGCUCUUUCCCCGACUUCCCCUACCCCUACCGCAGCCCGGCCGCCCCGGCCCCCGCGCGGCCCCCGCCCUCCGCGCCGGAGGCGGCCCCACAGCCCGCCCCCACGGAGCCCCGCCACAGGGUGGUGCAGCGCCACCGCGUGGACCUGCAGGACUACCGCUGCUCCCGGGACUCGGCGCCCAGCCCGGUGCCCCAGGAGCUGGUGGUCACCAUCGAGCUGCCGCUCCUGCGCUCGGCCGAGCAGGCGGCGCUGGAGGUGACGGGAAAGCUGCUGUGUCUGGACUCGAGGAACCCCGACUACCGGCUGCGGCUCUCGCUCCCGUACCCGGUGGACGACAGCCGCGGCAGGGCGCAGUUCAACAGGGCGCGGCGGCAGCUGGUGGUCACGCUGCCCGUGGAGCGGCCCGUGGAGCGGCCCGUGGAGCGGCCCGUGGAGCGGCCCGUGGAGCGGCCCGUGGAGCGGCCCGUGGAGCGGCCCGUGGAGCGGCCCGUGGCGCCGGGACCCGCCGCGGCGGGCACUUCCGCCCGCAGCGGAGACGCGGGCCCGGCGGGGGGCCGUCCCGGGGGAGAGGACGCCGGGACCGCCACCCCGGAGGCCGCCGGGGAGGAACUUGUCUCCGAACCGGAAGGGGACUUCGGUGGGCGAGCGGUGGCUCCUUCCGGUGCCGAGAAGCCGCUUCCCGGAACUGGGAGCGCGGCCGGGGCCCUCGCCAGGGGCCCUUCCGCCGGAAGGCGUGUGAGCGGAGAUCUGAGCGGAGGGAGCCGCGGGGCCGGGGAGGACUCCGGAGGGGCGCCUUCUGCUCCAGCCAUGGGCGGCCCCGGGACGGCCCGCGGGCGGCCUCGCUGUCCUCCGCUGCAGUGUCGUCAGGAUGAAGAAUCCCUGACGCUGCUCAUUCAAGUGCCUCGGAUCCAGCCGCAAAGCCUUCAAGGGGAUGUGAGCUCCCUCCGCUACCAAUUGUGCUUCUCCACCCAAGACUUAGUUUAUUAUUCCUUCUUUUUGCAGUUUGCUCCAGAAAAUAAAUUGAGUAUCAAAGAACCAGUGGUUAGCAUCUCUUCAAACAAUGCAGUAAUAGAACUGGCCAAAUCUUCAGAAUGCUGUGGACAUUGGAGAGAGUGGUAUUAUGGUUUAAACAACGAUUCUUUGGAGGAAAGGUUAUUUGUCAAUGAAGAAAAUGUCAAUGAAUUUCUUGAAGAGGUCCUGAGCACUCCAUUUCAACAGACAAUACCCCUAACUUCACCGUUAAUUGAAGUUCUUCAGGUUACUGAUAGUAAGAUUCAAAUUCACACAGAGUUGCAAGAAUGUAGUAACUCUGAACAGCUUCAUGAAAAGGAAGAAAAAGUCAACGAAGGAAGUCAUCCAACUAAAAAAAACAUAGAACAUCCUACCACCUCAACAACUGCUUCUGAUUCAUCUGUAGUACAAGAAAUAGACAGUUGUGGUUCAGUUGAAUACUUGCAACAAGAGUCUCUUGAUGUGUCCCAAAUGUUAUUUGGAAAGUCUCAGCAACCCAAGUUAAAAACAGAACCUGAAUUUGUAAAAGAAAAAAGUGCUAUUUACUCAAGUGAGGAGAAAGAUAAUUUAAAAGAAUCGGUAAUGACUAAAGAGGAAGAAUUAACAGUUCAGAAUAUACCUGGUUUUGACAACAUACAAGAAACCAAUAUGGAGGAUGGUAGUGUGCAGAUUAUUAAAGAUCAUGUGACUCAUUGUGCAUUCAGUUUUCAGAAUUCUUUGCUAUAUGACUUGGAUUAAUUCUUCAGACUUUAAGAGCAGAAAAUUUUUGGACUUAAAUUCUAUUUCUGUAAAACCAAAGAUAUUCAAGAAAGUAUAUUUUGGAUUUAAUAUAGGUAUUCUGUUUACUCUUUAAAAACUGAAGAUAUUUAUUCAAGAAAUUAAAAUGUGCAAUUUUUAUUCUAAUGGGGAGACUGGAGAUAUUUUUUUGCAUGUAGAGUUUAUACAGUUUCAGGGAGAUAAGUUUUGUCAUUCCUCUGAGAGAAGUAUAUUCUUUCCAAGAGUUAAACACUUAGUUUUAAUAUAACCUGUAUAUAUUUACUUAGGUGUUUGUUUUCAGCUUCUUUUGCUUACUGUUACACUUAAUAAAGUUUCAAGAUACUAAGUUGUGUCUGUCACAAAAAGCAACUCUCAAGAAUGUAACUAGAAGUAUGAGUUACAUUUGUAAGGGGGACAGAAUCUCAAAACUGUUUAGAAAUAUCACUAAGAUGUAUUUAUGCUUGAAAUAGAGAUUCUUAGAUGAAAGAACUUUAUUAACCAAUAUUAAUAAUUCAAAUAAUGAUAUAGAUACACUGAAAUUUAUUAUUUUUGCUUCAUUUUACUGUUCUCAUCUGUCACCAAAAAAUAUAUAUAUUUAAUACAGGUUAAUUAGUAAUGACUAUAAGGCGGCAGCAGGUAAUGUAUCUGUGGCUAAGUUAUUAAUUUUGUGGAAUAGUAUUUGUAUUUGAGAUCAGAAGAAAAUCCUAAUAGAUUUUUUUCUCAAAAUCAUUUUUAGGACAGGAUGAAAGAAAAUAUAGGAAGGAAAAUAUCUGUUGACCUAAUCUCUGACCCCAAAGGCCAUAACCUGAGGCAUUUGUUCCAAAAACAGCUACCAAUUCAAACUUCUGGCUUUACCUUAGUUCUGGAAAUUACCUGGUAUUUUUAGUCCUUUGAACUGGGGAGGUCAGAUCAGAACACCAAAAGCUGUUUUUUCUUUACAUUUAUAAUCUUAGUAAAGUCUGGAACACUGGGCUGAGAACAAUAUAAAUGUGGCUAGCUCACAAAACAGAACUAUUUGCCCCAACUUAGAUGACCAGAUGCAUUUUCCAACUACAAAUGAAUCUUACCGGUAAUUUGAGGCAGUAAUUUUGCAAAUGUCCACUUAACACAAUUUUCGUAGAUUGAAAUAAUUGUAAUAACUACACAGAAAUUAGUCUAUUAAUUUUUGAUUGAACUGAAUCGUAUACUGUUAAGGAAAACUUUUACAUUAAACAUGGUAAACAUGGAGUAAAUUUUAAGCCUGUUUACUAUUAUUUACUGUAUCUGUCCUUUUAAAAAAUAUGACUUCAGUUAAAAUAAAGAUGACACUAGAACAUGUUUCACUUUG